CACUUUGUGCACUAGUGGUGCCGCUAUCGCGGUUCAAGAUGUGUCGUUUUUAGGUUUAUUUUUUGUGAAGUCAUGAUAUCAUGUUUCGACCUAUUUUUUUCAUAGACAUUAGUGUAAAUUGUGUGUAGAAAUGUGGAAAAGUAAUUAUUAAACUUAUUAAAUGUGAUUAGUUUAGUUAAAAGUUAAAUUAACUAGUGCAAGGUGUGACCGCGCGUGAUUCGAGAUAAUGAUAGCGAGCAUUAACGAACAGAGAAUCAUGAAUGGAGAACGAAAAGCAAAUAAAAAUACGAAUAAUUAAAAGUCAAAGGACAAGAAAAAUAUUUGUAAAGAUGCAAGUAGAAAAAAAUUUACAUCAUUAUUAGAAAUACUAUAAGAAACAAUAAGAGGGGAAAAUUUGUGAUAUAGAGGAAGAGAUAUAUAAAAAAUAACAGAAAAAUAUGAAAUGGAAAGAGAUAAACGAAAAAUAAUAAAUAGAUAAUAAGCAAAUUAUACAGAAUAAAUGAAGAAAAAAAUAUAUAUAUAUAUAAAGGAGUACUGAAUCGAAACGGAAAAAAGAAAAAGAUAAAAAUAUACUAUGAUAAAUAUAUACAAUAAUAAGUGAAAGACAAGGAAAUAGAAGAAAAAGAAUAAAGCAGAGAAAAUAAAAUUUUAUAAAUAAAAAGAAGAGUGUGAAUAGUGUUUUGGAUUAAGUGCGAUAAUAAAAGAGGUUGUGGAAGAAAGAAGAAAAGUGCAUUACAUCCUGGAGUCCGAUGUUCAGAGUCGUACGAUGGCCGGGGCUCUAUCCGAGAAUGCCCCGAGGCCUAUUAGUGUCGUCGCAGUAAGCGGUGCAACAAUUGAUAAUGCAAGAAGUAACUACUUUAAUAGAUCGCAGGAAUCUCGUGACAAUGCGCGGUCUUUUACUUCAACGGAAGCACAAACGGAACUCCCAUUGCAAGGUGGUUCAGAAGCGCUCGAAGAUUUCGAUGGUGCUCGCGGUGCUCGUCGAAGAGAAAGACGAAUGCGAAGACAACACCGUCGAGCUUUAAGAUCAUGUUCGAUGCCACCAUCUUAUCCUGGGACAUCAGCGGGAUGUCAGGCAUCUUCAACCGCUCCUGGAGUACCGCUAGUUACUCCUACUAGAGGAUUUUUACAUCUUCCACCUCCCCAUUUGGGUCUUAGAGGUCUCAGUCUUGGUCUACCAUUUCCGGUCUCGACUAGCGUCUCUCCAUUUGGCCGAGACGCAGUACCGAAGCAAUGUUGUGGCCUCGGCUCCCCUCCUGUACGCUGGUCCAUCCUGAGUGUCGGCGUAGUUGGUCUAGUGUGUGCGGGUGCUGGUGCUCUACUAGGGGCCCUCAGGGCUUCUGGCCGCGAUCACAUUGCUGUUGCACUUCUUAUGAUCGGUAUAGGAGUGGUUCUGGUAACGGUAAGCGCUGUAGCGUGGCGAGUGACCAGUCGAGAAAAUUGCAGCAGUUUCUUUGGUUUCACGGGAAUCUCAAGCAGAAUCCCGCCAGCGAGGCCAAUCCAUCCAUACGCUGCCAUGAUUUAUCCGGAAUUCCAAUUUAGAACGCCACCUCCGAGUUAUCAGGCAAGCAUGCAAGAAUAUAGACUUAGACUGCUCCUUUUGGAUCGAUUGCAGCCAACAACAUCUUCACCUCCACCAACUUACAGAUCGAAUGCUGGAAGCAUUGUGAAUCCUGGCACGAUUAGAGAAAGCAGACCGCCGAGCUAUUGCACUAGAUCGAAUGUUGCAUCAAAUACGAAUGUCACGCCAUCGAAAAAGGAUGCGAAUCUCGUUAGAAUCGUUCAAACUGAAUCGGAACCAGUAAUUUUGAACGGCGAUCAAACGCCUCCAGUAGCUGCUGUUGAGGUGCUCGCACAUCUCUGAUUUAUUUUCGUUUUGAUUAUCGUUUUGUAAUUACGAUUUGUUACUGUCGCAAAAAUAUUGUCGCGAUUAAAGAUAAAAUUAUAAUCAAUAAUUUUAUAAAAUUUAUGAAUCACAUCGUGCAAUAUAAGUAUUAGGUUAUUCCAUAAGAAAUAGAAUUUUAAAAAUCAUUUUUCUUAAAAUAUAAUAAUAUUUAU